AUGCCAUCACCCGAUUUUUCGACGACCAAAUUCACAGCGGUGAGCCACCAGGCCCAGCAGAUGAUUGUUGGACACUCACGGCCGAGUUACGAGCCACCGUGGCUGACCAGAUUCCGAGGACGAAAGCAAGAAACUGAUCGAGGACAAACAGUCGGAGGUCGAGCAGAUUCAAGCACGCUCCCUGCAGAGCUUCAGAGGCUUCUCAACACCAUUCGAGAACUUGAUGAGCGUUCCCAAGCAAUGAUAAACCAGUCAAGGCAGCAAACAAAGUACUGUCUGGGGUUGGCAUCUCAAGGGGGAAAGUUCUCUAAGAAAGGUGAAGAAGAAGAGGUGUUUGAAAAGCUUCGGAAGGAGAUUGAGGGUAAUCAGGACAAUGCCCUCAGCCUCUGCACUGAGAAAGUCCUGCUGGCGCGACAAGCUCAUGAUCUUAUUGACAGUCACAUAAAACGUCUUGAUGAGGAUCUGAAUAACUUUGCUGAAGAUCUCAAACAAGAGGGUAAAAUAGUGCCAGAGGAGCCAGCUGUUCUUCCUCCAUUACCUUUAGUUCCUAAGAUUGAAAAACGCAGAACAGUAUACGGAACACCUCAAUCAAAGAGGCCAGAUAACAAGGAGAGAGAUUGGGAUAGGGAACGUGACCGAGAUUUUGAGCUUAUGCCCCCUCCUGGAAGCCUAAAGAAAGAAUUUGCCUCGCCUGUCGAGCUUGAUCAGCCUAUUGAUCCAAAUGAACCUACUUACUGUGUUUGUCAUCAGGUAUCUUUUGGUGAUAUGAUUGCUUGCGACAAUGAUAACUGCCUAGGAGGUGAAUGGUUUCAUUAUUCUUGUGUUGGCCUCACUCCUGAAACAAGAUUUAAAGGAAAGUGGUAUUGUCCGACCUGCAGACAAUUGCCACGCUAAUGCAAAAGGUCUCUCUCUCUCUCUCUCUCU